AUGAUCUGCUCCAACUGCGCUGAACCAGCAGGCUCCAUCAUAUGCCCGGAAUGCAAGAUCGAGGACGUCGGAUCCAUCGAAACCUCCUACUGUUCCGAGCAAUGUAGAUCGGAAGACCAGCCAAACCAUCAACUAAUUUGUCACGACCGUAAGAAACUUGGAAGGGCUGUCGCUGCAUUGUCUGAAAUUUGGGACAACUUCUGUCGCGAGACAUACACAAGCAAAUACCGACUUACAAGGAUCGAUGGAAAGUUCAUCUUUCUCGUACCCCGAACAGAACUUGGAGAUACGUGUCCCUUAAUGGGACACCCGGUCUUCUACCCAUUCCCUGGCAGCAUCGUGCCGCAAGGUUUAGGACUCGUGGCGGAAAACGCAGUGCUAUACUACAACAUGUGUGUUGAUAGUUUGAGCACCGGCCUGCCUCUUAUUAAGGCUCUUCUCGAACGCAACGUUCAGCCGAAAGAUCCCGCACUUCAGGUUGUUGGGAACGACGAGAUCGAAGAUGUCGAUCACGCGGUACUCUACAUUAAACUUCACAGCAAUGAAGAAUUUGCGAUGGACUUGACUGGUGCCCAGUACGGCUGGAAAGAGAAGCUUUAUACCUGGAACAAUUUCGAGAGAUAUAGAGGCACCGUGCGAUAUGUUCUCGAUCUCGGGGCCUCUCGCCAGUUUACAAGUCUGUUGAUGGAAGGACAUCCCAUCAACUCAGUUCCUCGAUCGGGUUGCGAUAUUCGUCGCGCAAUCUCCCAAGAGGUUGCUAGGGGCAUUGUGGAAUUCCUACAACAUCAUCAUAUAACCGUCGAUGAAGUCAUGGAAGACCCCAGCUUCUCAAGGCAGUACAGCGACCUCGUUAUGAGAGCUAAAGAAACUAUCACCAAGUCGAUCGAAGAUCUGGUGAUUCGAUCUGGAGUAGGCAGAAUGUGCCUAAUGUUCGAAGGCGGUGUUUCUAAGCCAGUCGUCGUUCGAAGCGAAGAGCUCGCUCGAAGGUUGGUGAGCGUCUGGUUCACCCAGGAGGAAGUCGAAGCAUGUCAAGGACGAUUCGAAGAACUGAAAACCGAGAUGCAACAUCGCUUGUAUGAGGAAGAAGUUUAG